UUUGAUUUUUUUUUUUUUUUGAGGGAGCCUUUAUUUGUAAAUUUUAACGGAGCAAUUUGCUUGCAACAGCAAUUUAUUCUCGGGAGUCGCGAAGCAGAUGGGUCGACCAAGUUAGCAAAAUUAGGGAUUUUCCGAGAGGUGAAUUUUUCUCCGAGAAUUUCAAGUGUUUUCUGCAUUUUGAUGCCGUAAUUCAGGUUUGCAGUGACAAUGGUGAGUGAUACUCGAUCUACUCGCAAAAGUAGAGACGAGUUGGAUGGACAUGGUUCGAAUCAGAAAGCGAAUAUGAUAAAGAAUCCAUUGUUAGGAAGCCCAGGAAACCCUGGUAGAGCCCGACAUGCGACAGAGAGCCCUCCGAGUGUUCGAAAAUCCAAGCGUCUUGAGAAGGAGAUGCCGCCAUUGAUUCCUCCUAUGAAGAGGACAUCAGAGAGACUAGGCAGAGGUAAUACACCGAGGAAGUUUGGUAGGGGUAAGAUAGAUUUUUCAUCCAAGGAAUCUGCUGAAGAACCUCUGUCGAAGUUGAAGAAAACGAAAGAGAAGCCUGUGAUUCAGGUGACAAUGGAAUCUAAAAAAGCUCAACUUGAGCUGGAAGUAGUUGGCAUGAAGAGAAAGACAAUGAGCGCCCGGAAAUUCAAGUCUCUUUUCAAAAGACAACAAAUUAAAGGAAUUGUGCCAGACGGUGGUGAUGAGCUGGAAAGAUCAGAAAAUUUAGUUGACGUUUGCAGUGAUAAUAGCAGCAAUGGUAUAAGCUCUCAGCCAAUGGAAGAUACUGAGGAUGCUGCAGAUGAUGGAAGUAUUGACCAAGUUCCUGAAGGAGUUCUUCCAGAUUCAGCUUCAAGACACUAUCAAGCAGAUGUUGAAAAUGACAUCAGUGUGGAUGCUGCUUCAGCAUUUCUAGUGUGCGAAAAUUGCAAUCUGGAGGGGACCUGUCUUAUAUGCUCUAAAAGUAAAAGGGUGCGCUAUGAUUCGCCAAAACAGGAGCUUUGCUCUUGCAGUCUUGUGGGCGAUAAUCUGGUUGGCAUGGCUAAUUGCAAGGCUAGAAGUGAUCUUGGAGCUUCUGUAACUUCAGAAUCUACCGGGGAAUUUGAUUGUGGACAUCCAUUGACCAAGAGGCAUGCAGAUUCUCAUACAGAUGGUGCUGAAAAACUGUGUGUCUUGUGCAGCAAAGAUGGAGAUCUCGUGUGCUGUGAGGGGAAAAGUUGCAUGAAUUGCUACCAUCUUUAUUGCCUAGAUCCUCCUCUUACUGAUGUUCUGCCUGGUGUUUGGCACUGUCCACAGUGUGUGAAGAAAAAGCUUUUAUUUGGUGUGCAUUCUGUGUCAGAUGGAGUUGAGUCGAUUUGGGACGUCAGAGAAGUGGAGGUUCCAAAUUCUAAAGGAGUUCAGCAGAAACAAUUUCUUGUUAAAUAUCAUGGACUUGCUCAUGUUCACAACCAUUGGGUUCCAGAGAAACAACUGCUUCUUGAAAACCCCUGUCUUGUAUCCAACUUUCUUGAAAAAGAUCAGGUUGUCAGAUGGAAUGCAGAAUGGAUGGUGCCACAUCGUUUAUUGGGGAAAAGACCUAUACAAGAUAAUAUUUAUGUAGCAUCUACUUCUGAUAUUUGGGUGUGCGAAUAUGAGUGGCUUGUGAAAUGGCGUGGUCUUGAUUAUGACCUUGCUACAUGGGAGUUGGAUAAUGCCAACUUCCUAGUCUCAUCCCUAGGUCAGGACCUUGCGAGGAACUAUGAGGUUCGUCGAGGAAAGGCUAAGCAAGAAUCAAAUAAGCUGUACACGGAAUCAGUUGUCGGAUAUUCAGAGAUUCCAGGUCAAUUGCAUGAGACCCAUGUCUUGAAAAAUGUGAAUAAACUGCGUGAAUCCUUGUUCAAAUGCCCAGAUGCUGUCGUUUUUGAUGAUCAGAUUCAGGAACGAACAAUGACGGCUAUUCUUGUAGUUCAUUCAAUGAUUGAAACUUUUCGGCCAUUCCUCAUUGUCACGACCAAUGAUUCUCGGCCUCACUGGGAAGCUAAUUUUGAACAACUGGUACCAUCCGUUGAUGUAGUUGUAUACAGUGGAAGCAGAGACACCAGGAACAGGAUUAGAACAUCAGAAUUUUAUGAUGAAGGAGGUCACAUGAUAGUCCAAGUACUCCUGUCAUCUGUAGAAGAUGUUUUAGAGGAUUUAGAGAUAAUGAAAAGCAUAAAAUGGAAAGCCAUUGUAAUUGAUGAGUAUCAGAUCUCUGGGAUCGCAGAUGAGCUUGAACGAAUUAAGAUGCUCUCAACAGACAUGAGAAUACUCCUGGUCAGUGGUCAGAUCAAGGAUGCAACGUCUGAGUACCUUAAAAUCCUAUCCUUGGUCGAACCUCAUGGUGAUUUUGACAAACUGAGGAGCCUGAAGCCUGAGACAAAUGACAACCUUAGUAAAUUGAAAGACAGAUUGUCCCGGUUUAUUGUGUAUGGACGACCUUUUCAAGUAUCUAAGUUCAUUGAGUACUGGGUCCCGGUUCAGAUAUCAAAUCUUCAGCUUGAACAUUAUUGUGAUACACUUCUUUUGCACUCUAAUGCUCUUUGCUCUUGUUUAAAAAAGGACCCUUUUGGCGUCCUCCCAGAAAUUCUUUCGACAGUUCGAAAGUGCUGCCAUCACCCUUAUCUUCUGGACACUUCUGUACAAGCUCGCUUGAUUGCUGACAAGCAUCCUGCUGAUGAGAUUUUGGAUAUUGGGAUAACAGCAAGUGGCAAAUUACAACUUCUUGAUGUGAUGCUCGAUGAGAUUAAGAAGCGAGAUCUACGAGUACUAAUACUUUUUCAGCUGCUUGGCUCAGAAGGACUACUAACUUCUGGAAAUAUAUUGAGUGAUUUUGUAAGACGAAGGUUCGGCGUAAAUACAUAUGAACGCGUUGAUGCUGCAGAGUCCCCUUCUGAUAGGCAAGCUGCCGUGAACCGGUUUAACAAGAAAGAAAAUGGACAGUUUGUUUUUCUGUUGGAAAACCGUGCUUGUUCUUCAAUCAUUAAACUCUCAUCAUUGGAUGUUGUUGUCAUAUAUGAUAGUGACUGGAAUCCGGUAAAUGACUUGAAGGCACUGAAAAAGAUAUCAAUUGAUUCAAAAGUUGCGCAGGUCAAAAUUUUUCGGUUAUAUUCUUCUUUCACUAUUGAAGAAAGAGCCCUAGUGCUUGCAAAGCAGAACUUAAAUCUUGAUCACAAUUCACAAAAUUUCAGCCGAAGCACAAGUAAUACUCUGCUAUCCUGGGGUAUCACAAAUCUCUUCAGAAAAUUAGAUGAAUAUCAUGCCAAUAGCAGCUCUAGUUUGGCAUUGAACUUUUCGUCUGGGCAAUCACUUUUGGAUGAAGUUACCAAGGAGUUUCGGGCCAUACUUUCUGAAAAAUGUGAAAAUGCUGAUUCAAAUUCUGUCAUCUCAGAAGCUAAAGUUGACAAUGGAAGCUAUAGUACAAACAAUCUGAUGUUUGGCGAAUCAAAAGUUCAGUUGGAAGGUGGAGAGGCGCCUCAUGUCUUUUGGAGAAACUUGUUUGAAGGGAAAAAUCCGAUGUGGAAACAUUUAAAAAGCCCCAGUCCACGGAAUCGGAAGAGAGUUCAUUACUGGGAAGGAUCUCCUACCAAUUCACAAGCUGAGAAAGAUAACAUGGCAAACAAACGUAGAAAGAAGGUGAAUGAAACUUUGGGUCCUGCCUCAUCCCAAGUUGGAUUAGGCGCAGCUCAAGUCACUAUUUCUAAUGAAGGGCCUCCUUCAACCAAAUCCUGUAAUCAAUUUGAAAGUUUGCAUAGAGAUGGCCAGAGCUCAUUGGGUGCUGAAGUUUCUGUAAGUGCUGCAUCAAAGGAAGGAAUUGUAUCAUCUGAUGAGCAGCAAAGCAUCCAUGGUGUUCUGCUGAGAGAAGUAAAGACACUGUGCCAAAAUCUUAAACUUCCGGACAAUGUCACUCAGGUGGCUGAAUUAUUUUUGGAAUAUGUGAUCAAGAAUCAUCAUGUCAGUAGCAACCCAACAUCAAUUGUGCAGGCUUUUCAAAUAUCUCUGUGUUGGGUUGCUGCAUCUAUCACAAAACAAAAGGUUGAUAAGAAGGAAAUGCUCACGUUGGCAAAACAGCUUCUGGACUAUCAAUGCACUGAAGAAGAGGCCAGCUCAGUUUAUUUAAAGAUGAGGUCUCUCAAGAGGUUGUAUUUGCAGUGCUCAGACAACAUUACACGCUUGAACAUAGAUUGCCUCCUAGCUGAAGAAGACUUGAACAGGGGGGCAUCAAAUGUUAACGAAGGGGAGUUACAAUGUAUGCCAUAUUUAGAUGAAAGUGUGGAACAGGAGACUCGGGAAAAUUCUGUAAAUAAAGAUCAUGCUGAACGCCUGAUUCUUACGCAGCAGAAAGAAGCUGGUGCUAGUGAAAUGGAUGAUGAUGAUGAGAUAAAGAAAAUACAGAAAAAAUGUGAUAAGCGGAUGAAGAAACUUAUGCAGGAACACGAAGAGCAAAUUCAGAAGUUGAAACAAAGCUGGAAGGAUAAAAGGGAAAAACUGGAGACAGACCACAAAUUGCAGUCCGCCAUUAUUCGGACUGUACAUGGUCAAGCCUCUGCAGCCGGAAUGGACAAACUCAAGCUUUUGAAUGAUAGUUUUAAAGAUAAAAUCCAGGAUAACAAUAUCCUAAAAGAUGCACAGCUUAAAAAUCUUGAGGCAAAGCAUUUAGCUGUUAUCAAUGAGGAGAGACGAAAGGCAGCUGAUUUGGUAGCCAAAGCAAAAGCAUGCUCUAGUGAACGAAGGGUUAUUAAUGGUCAUCAGUCACUUAGUUCUCAAUCGGAUGAUGAUGCUGGUGGCCCUCAGCCAAGAACAUGCAUCAAUGUUGGUGGUGAUGGGGAUAAAUUCCGUAUGUCUGGUGCACCAGUUGAAGCAAUGUGCAGUAAAACCCCCGUUAAAGAAUUGGUAACCAUUAAUUCAGAAAAUGAAGUAGGGUGGGAAUCAUUUACAGUAGCUGAGCUUCUCAAUCAGUCGGUACAAUCCAUAGAUAAUAGGCAGGCUGGUUCAACAAAGCUACCUGCUCCUGAGCAGGUUUCUGAUGAAUCUCAAUCUGCUGAUCCGACUGAAGAGCAUCUAGUGGUGCCUGAGACUGCUUCCAAUGAAAUUGCGGGGCACGACCAGGCCGGAGGAGAACUAAGUUAUCCAUCAGAGGAAGAGUCCAAUGAAGUAAGAAAAACUUCUUUGCUUGAUGAUUUGACGAGACAGAUAAGGGAACUAGAGGUGGCAGUCAGCGGGUGUCUGCACAGCCCAGGACAGCCAUCAUUGCGCACAGAGCAAACCACAGUUUCGCCAGAUUUUUGUGACAUUCCACAGAAUGACUCAGAUCGAAGUGCUCUGCAGAUUGAAAUGGCAAUGCCAGGACCUACCAACUCUGCAGCCCCUGUGCCACCCAACUUGGAAUCACGUUUAACUAAUAAUGUUGUAACCCCCAAGCCAUCUAGCAAACCUCCGGUAGAUGAGGUUUUUGGGCAGCUGCAUUCUUUAUCAGUUGAUAUCUCACUUAGCUGCGAUCAGUUGCCUGCUACUGGACACCAUGAUCAAGGAAGAAGCUCACCUCAAACUGCAGCAAGGCCUGAGGGACGGACUGAAGAAAAUUUGGAAUUGCAUCCUGAUCACCUGAAUGUAGGUCCUUCUAGUGAAGUUGCUAAUGAACAAAAUGCUGAAUCACCAGAAAGGCUGAAUCACACUGUUUCGAAGAAUGAUGUGGCUAUACCCAAGGAGGUGGCGAGUACAUCACAACAGACAAUACAGGCUGUAAGCGAGAAUGAUGUGGCUAUUCCCCAAGAAGUGGUGAGCACAUCAGGACGGCCAAAUCAGGCUAUUCCACAAGCGGACAUAGAUGCAGGCCAUCUUCAUGGACCUGGCUUCCUUCUGAAUCCAACUCAUUAUCCCUCUUUUCGGAAUUCAUCUCCAUCUUUGUCACUUGACCCGCUUCAAAUUGAGAUAGAAAUGAUGCAUAAAGAAGCUGUACAAUUGGAAAAACACCAUGCAGACACGAUGGCACAGCUCAAAUCUGACUGCGACAAGGAGAUAGAGGAGAUUAUUUCUCAAAUACAUAAGAAAUAUGAGGUGAUAUGUCAGGAGAAAGAAGCUGAAUUUAGAUUGAAAAAGAAUGAAAAUGACCAGAACAAGAAUAAAGUUGUUCUGAGUAAAAUGUUGGCUGCUGCUUUCAGAUCUAAGUGUGUGGAAAUCAGGCCUUCUGGGCUACAAAAUAUGCAGCAAGCUCUCGUUGCAGGUGUGCCCAGCUUCAUGCUGCCAACUCCUCCCGUCAGACCUUCUCUAGGACCUUCGGCUUCCCAACCUGCCCGUACUCAGCCGACCACAACUCCAGCUGUCCAAGUCCAACAGCCUGCCCGUACUCAGCCAACCACAACUCCAGCUGUCCAAGCCCAACAGCCUGCCCGUACUCAGCCAACCACAACUCCAGCUGUCCAACAGCUUUCACGGUCACAUCCUGUGAGGUCUCCCCCUGUGGGCAUUCGAAAUGUUACAGGUCGUCCUGUACAACACGCAGCAGCGCAUUCACCCCGACCCCCUCCAGUCAUCAGUGCCAUCACUCCUGCAAACCUCCGCGCAGCUGGUGAGAUCCGUUCUGCAGCUCCUCAUCUUCAACCAUGCAGACCACCCACUGGAGGUGCACCCAUUUCACCCGACACUAGUUCAUCAGUCCCUCAACUGCGGAUGCCCCAAAUAUCACCUAAGCCUGUGCAGCUAUCUUCACAACCGGGGCCACUACCACUACCACGGCCGCCUUCACCAAAAAGUGCUGAGGUGCAAGAUCUGCCUCGUCCACCGGGGUUUACACAAGGGUUAGUUGCAAAUCGUCAACCUUAUUUACCCGUGAAUCGUAGUUCGCAUGUACCUGAUAUUCCUUCUACUUUUCAUCCCUUGGAACAAUCUGACUUGGAAAUGUUAGGUAAUGUACUUGGCAACAAGACAUCUGCUGCAGAACCAGACGUUGUUUGCUUAUCUGAUGACGAGUAGUAACAUAUGAAAUCAUUUUGAAGAUCAAA